AAGGGCAGCAGGUAGUUCUGUUGCAGCGAGACACCUUGCAAACCUGUUGCGACAGCUCCUGCAGACAUGCUCGGUGGUGCAGCUUGGCCCAACAGCCCUGCUGCCAGGCCCCCGUACAAUCCCAUGUCGCCCGCUGGGAUGACGCAGCCGCAGCAGGGAGUGCUCCCCGGCGCGGCCGCACCAGGCGGUGCGGCUCCCAUCACCAUGAUCGCGCCCGCCAACGCGUUCUCGGGCGAGGCGGGGCGCUACCAGUGGUACCGCGUCGCCUUCCUCGGUGGUGUGGACCUGCGCCACGGGCCCAGCGUGGAGGCGCCUCGUGUGGGAGAGACGCUGUGUCAGAACGCCACGUUCGCUGCGGCCGAGGAGCUGCUGGGAGCCGACGGCCGCUUCUACCUCCGGCUGGCGGACGGCCGCGGGUGGGCCUUCGACGACUCGGCGCUGUUCCCGCACGACCCCUCCGUGGUCCGUGGCUACUGGCAGCCAGUGUGCCUGGCGCCACCUCAGACGCAGCAGCAGCCGCAGCAGUAGUAGCAGUCUUGAGGACUGUGACGUUGCGGUGAGCGCCGUGGUCGGCUAUUUCGGAUCCUCAUUCCCGACGCUUGUCGAUCACCGCUCACCUUCACCAGCAACGCACGCUGCCCGCGUGGAUCGGCACGGCGCGGGCACCACGACACGGCACGGCACCGUGGCGCUGCACGGGGUGAGCUGGUCUUCUCCGGCUCCGUUCUCGCCCCGGCGGGGUGGGUGGAGCGCCUGCCUUUCGAGCAUCGCUCGGGGUUGUUGCUCGGAGGAGCUGCCGCGGUCCCUUUCAUCCCUGGAAGACAAUCCACCCCUUGUGCGGCAACCCGCUUGGCUUUAGUAACCAAGCUAGGUUUAGUUCGCAUUGAUAGAUGUUGUGCCAGACGUGCACGUGCAGUUGUAGUGAAUGGCAGCGCGAAGUAUGAAGCGCCACCCGCACGGAUGCGAUAUGGUGGUGCCGGGACAUGCUUUGCAGCUGUAAUGGUUCUGGGGUAGCUGCUUCGCCGGGACAUGCUUCUUCGCAGCUGCUUGGCACUGGCAGCGUGCGACGCACUGUUCGCCGAGAAAUAGCUGGAAGCUCACUGUCAGUGUUUGGCAGCAGUCGGGCAAGUUGCGUGCGCCGUCGGGCCAGGUGAGGGGAUGCUUUGAUUGACCAGGAUUGCCUGUGAUUUUCUGUUAACAGCUGUUCUACAACGGCACUCGCCCAGCACGGCCAGGGGGUCAUUUCGUCGCUGCCUGCCCUUCUCCGGCCGCCCAACUGUGGGCCGGCUGCGGAGCAGCUCCGACGUGCCCAGAGACGUGCGAGGCAGUGGGCAGGCUGGGAGGGCCACCCCGGAGACCCCCGCUGCACCCGCCGAUCCCCCUUCCCCCCCCCUCUCUCCCGCUCUCCUCUCCCUCCCAGGGGGGACGAGGCAAGAGCAGGGUGGAGGGGGAGGGGAAGGGGAGGAGGAAGCGGUUGGAGUGCUGCGUGGUGCGGCGAGGGUUUCGUGGACCGUCGAGGCGAUGAUGAAUGCGACGGCAGUGGUGAGGACGGCUCCGGUAUUGGCCACGGUGGCAGCGCCACGCGGAGCUUCGUCCUCGCGGGUGCGAGCAAGCAGUUUUCAAACUGUAACGAAUGUCCCAUGAGUCUUGUACAAUGGGGGAGUGUUGGUGCAGCC